CUCACAUUUCCUGUUUUUUCCACUUCUCCAAAAAUCCAUCCCUUUGAAAUUCCACAAAAAAAAAAAAUAUUUAUCAUGUUGAAAAAAAACCUAAUAAAGCCCUGGAAUUAGGCUCUUCUUCACUCACUUUCCUCUUAUUCCCUCUUCUUUGUUCUUGUUCUCUGGUCCUUCUUCCUUCUCAUUUUGUUCGGAUUCCUCGUGUUCGUAUUCCGUUUCCCCCACUUCUGAUCAAAGAGAGAAAGACCCUUUUUUCAUUCCCUCUUCUCGCUUUAAGAAACUCAACCCUCUUCUUGUUCCUCCACAGGGGCACACUGUACGGAUUCCUUUCGCAUCGUAACCACUGAUCGAGUUACCGACAAAAAUGGGGUUUUCGAAGAAAUCGCAAGUCGAAGGAGGCUUAGACGCCGAAGGUAAGAAAUGGGUCAUUGCCGGGAUUUCAAUACGGGCUUCGCUCAAGCCGGUGAACACUAAAAUCAGGGCAGAAGCCGAAGAGCAGCAAGAAGAAAAUGAAAGAGGAGAAGAAGAAGAAGAAGAAGAGUGCUCGACGACGCCGACGGCGAAGGAGGCGAGGAUUCCGGCGAAGUUGAAGUGCCCACCGGCGCCGAGAAAACGCCGUCCGGCUUUGCGAUGCCGGAGUAACGCCGUCAGAGAGUUCUUCACUCCCCCUGAUAAUCUGGAGACGGUGUUUAUACGACGCCGUUAACCCUUAAAGGGAAUUAACUUCCAGAGUUUGGAAUCUCCAAAAUCACAAUUUUUAGGAUUCUUUUUUUUUUUCGGUUAGGGGUUUUGAUUUUUGAUUUAUCGUGGGAGGGUUUUGCAAAAUCUGUUUGUUUUCCCUAGUUUAAUUUUUUUAGGGUUUAUUUUAUCCUCUUUCUUUAAGAUUAGAUAAGGUUUAUUUCUAUGUUUUCCCCUUUUUUUCUUGUUAAGUAGUGGUAAAGAAAGGUUAUGUACAAACGUAUAAUAUAAUAUAAUAUUAAUGAUAAUCAGCAG